GUCCGCCAUUUUUAUUAUCGCGGUUCUAGCUAGCAGGAGCUUUGCAUCCAUCCAGAGCGUCGUUUUCUGCGGCUUCUUUUUUCAUUUUGAAUCAACGCAGUAAAUUGAUUUUGAAAUACGGAUCUUUUAUCCGGGGAACGACUGCCGGUGGUCAAACUGUUCGCGUGACACCAGUAAACGAAAAAAAUCCUAGCUGAUCGUGGAGAAAAGUGAGUUCUGCAGGAAAAGUGCGUACAGUUAUUUGCUGAUCGAAAACGUAUCUCAUCAAUUGCGCGGGUGGAUAGAAAGUACAGAUAGUUUCGUACGCACAUUGCGUAGUGAAUUCAUAUUGGCAGAAUAAGAAGUACGGGUCGCCCUGUGAUCCCUGACAAAAUAAACUGGUGGCGUCACAUCCAAUUUAGGAUUACGGAAAGGGCGAGCUAAUCUAGAAUGGCAGAUGGUAAAGGAUAUGCCAUUAACGAUCUCGUUUGGGCGAAGAUGAAAGGUUUCUCACCGUGGCCGGGUCGUAUUUCUCAACCACCGGCGGAACUGCGUCGCAUUGCAGUCAAGAAAAAUAUUCCCGUAAGAUGCAUCUUCUUUUUUGGUUCGAAUAACUAUGCAUGGAUCGAGGAAACUCAGAUUAAGCCAUAUCACGAGUUUAAGGAAAAGCUACUGUCGUCGUGCAAAUCGGCCGGUUUUAAGGAAGCGGUUCAGAAAAUCGAAGAAUACAUUUCCAGUCCGGAAAAGUUUCAAACAUUGUUUUCCUCCGAGCAGGAGAACCGGCCUGAUCCGGAUGUCGAGUUUAAUAAACUUCGAGGAACACCGGAUGAAAGCGCAUCCGAUGAUGCGACUUCCAUCAACAAUACCUCGACACCGGCCGCGCUGGAAACGGGCGAUGCAAUUCCAAGCACUCCGGUCACCGGGAAAAAAUCUGCCGUCAAGAAGAAAGUACGUGCAUCAUUGCCGAUCAAGUUGAACGCUGACAAGGUUAUUUCUACUACAAAAGCUCGCUCGAUAGGCAACAAGACGAAAGCGACGGUAGUCGAGGCAGAUAUUACCAGCACACCGUCGCCGAAACGCAAACGGAAGCUGUUGAAUGACUCGGGUGACGUUUCGUCAUUAGAUUUGGAUACUUUCUCGCCGGUUCGGCGCAACGUACCUGUUUCGCAUCUGCUGAACCGUCCGGUAACGGUGGCACGUCCGGCCACUCCAGAAAUUGAUAUGUCAAGCGUGUCGAAUGCCUUGCAAUCGCGCAACAUUCAGGCUUCAUCGUUAAAGUUUGGUUUUCUCGGACUCGGUAUCAUGGGCUGUGGCAUCGUGAAGAACCUCCUCAACUCGGGACAUUCAGUAGUCGUUUGGAACCGGACGGCCACCAAGUGCAGGAAAUUCCAAGAAGCCGGUGCCGAAGUGGCCGAUACUCCCACGGAUGUAAUAGAAAUGACCGACGUGACGUUUUCGUGCGUUUCGGAUCCACAGGUGGCAAAAGAUAUGGUAUUCGGUAACUGUGGAGUUAUGUCGGCCAAUCUUGUCGGGAAGGGUUACGUCGAGAUGACGGGAAUCGAUCCGGAAACAUCGCAAGACAUUGCAGAGCAGAUUAUCUCCAAAGGUGGACGGUAUUUGGAGGCACAAAUUCAAGGAUCAAAGAACCAGGCCGAGGAGGGUACACUGAUAAUCCUGGCUGCCGGUGAGCGGUUGCUAUUCGAGGAAUGUCAAACCUGCUUUGAAGCUAUUUCGCGCAAUUCAUUCUACCUGGGCGACGUUGGCAAUGCCACUAAGAUGAAUCUGGUGUUGCAGAUGAUUUCCGGCGUGACACUGGCAGGAAUUGCCGAAGGGUUGGCGUUAGCUGAUCGAGCGGGAUUACAGCAAAAGGAUGUUUUAGAAGUGUUGGAACUUACCAACAUGUCGUCAGAGAUGCUUCUUCAGAAGGGAAAUUCCAUCAUCAAGGGCGAGUUUCCCACGCAUCAGCCACUGAAGCACAUGCAGAAGGACCUCAAGCUGGCACUGGCAAUGGCGGAUGGGCUCGAGCAAUCGCUUCCGAUUACGGCAGCCUCGAACGAGGUGUACAAGCAUGCGAAACGUCUUGGGUACGGUUCCCAUGACGCGAGUGCCGUUUACGUGCGGGCAAGGUUUUAACAGCGACCGAUCGGCGGAGGAGAAUCGGUCGUAGUCUGGCCCCGUGGGCAAGGAACUGAACUGGACUUUUGAGCUGGAACAACCGGAAUGGAUUUGUUUUGACGGAGUGGGAUAUUUUUUUCAUGUGUAGCUUUUUUUUGUUUUAUAUUAGUAACAAAAAGAGCCCCGUUUCUUGACGCAGAACAAGAAGCGAAACCGAUUUUACCGAUUGACAUAGAAGACCACACACUGUUAGACGUGAGUUUAGACAAUCGGUUUGCCUAUUACCUAUAUUUUUCGAGCAGACAAAAAAAAGCAAUUCCCCCGCUAUUCGUAAAUCUUUGCGAUCCCCAUUCUCCUCCUACAAAUCUAUAUAUAAAUAUGCAAGUACACUAACAUUUCAGGAGCUAAGCAAAGCACAUAUUUUAAUGUAGGAACUUUAAACGGUAGGACCAGAUCAGGCAUGAAAUAAUUCACUUUCCUUAGAAUAAAAAGGAAUCAAGUCGUCUCUUUAAAGAAAAAAAAAAUGUUGCCUAUAUAUUUUACGCGAUAAGUUUUAUUAAAAAUUCAAUCCAAUAAACAAAAGAGUCCAUCUACUUUCUACGUUGAUUUUGCUUCAUAUAUUUUGAGUUUUAUUGCAGAAAUGAAAGCAUACUUUCGAGUAGUUAUUAAGUAAUUAAUUUAGGUAAUAUUCGUAGUCUGGAGAACCCGAAUGUUCAUUCAUCGAUACGGAACAGAGUUAAAGAAGCAAAAUGGUGUCAUUUCUUGUGUAACUGGUGUAAUUUUACAGUGUAAGGGUUAAACAACAACAAAAAAAAACUAGCAGGUAUAAGCCAAACAAAAAUUAGUUUUCUGCAACUUCAAUUCUUCAACACAAAAACCAACCGAAAUAUGCAACAACGGCAUAAUGGAUUUCUAUUUUCGUGAACAAUGACCAUAAUAAAAGUGUUUAAACCAA